CUUUUAUCAACAGCAGCUGAAGCAGAGUGUCUUACAGAUGGAGAGACACUUUUUGCAGGACUCAUUCUUCUGAACAAACGGAAGGCGACUGUUUGGUGCUGCCCUUCUGUUGCACCCCGCGCCGCAGUUCUCCCACUGCACAUGCGAACAGUCCUUCCUCUUCCUUCCUCGUCCUCUCUCUCCUCUCUCCUCCUGUCGCAGAGCCCGUCACCAUGGCAGCCAAUUACGUGACGGUCACUUCUGCCCUGGCCGAGCUCAUCAGCUCGCUGCCACAGGACGAGGUGCCCUUCAAGCUCCGCUGCGCCAUCUGCAGCAAGCUGGCCGUCAACGCCUUCAAGACCCCCUGCUGCGAGCAGAUGAUCUGCGAGAACUGCAAAUUGACGCUGCCAUCCACCUGCCCCGUCUGCGAACACAACCCCGUCUCCGCCGAUGACUGCAAGCCCAACAACAAGCUUCGCAUGACGACAAGAGCCUUCCUUAAGACCGCCGAGAAGAAGCGAGACAGCUCACAAGCCAAGGACGUCACGCCUAUAACCCCCAUCACACCUAUUGAUGCCCGACCUAGUGCUAUCCCUGCACCUCCCGAAAAUGUGUCUGCUGUACGGCAGGCAGCUCCUGCGGACGAUGUGUCUGCACAGGGCGACGGACAGGCAACUGAGUUGCAACAAUAUGGUCCCUCUGCUGGACAGGACGCGGCCACUGCUGCGGCGACGGAGGACCAGGAGACCUUACCGCCACCACCUGCUGAGGACGAGACUGCACUGGCUGGCGAACAGGGCGCGGGAGAAGCCGAGGGCGAAGAGCAGCAGCAGCUCGAAGUCCGCGGUGAGCAGAACGAAGAGAGGGACAGUGCCGAGGCAGCAGCUCCAGGGGAGUCGAACGAGGGCGGCGAGAUCGAAAAUGUGGACGACCAGCAGAAGCCUGCUGCUGCCUUUCCAAAUGCAUUCGGUUUCAACGGCAUGAACGGACAGUUUCCCAACAUGAACCUGGGUGGAGGUGAUUUUGGCCAGAUGAACCAGAUGCAGAUGAUGAUGGCCAUGCAGAACGGGAUGGCGCCCAAUGGUUUCGGUUUCCCUAUGAUGGGCAUGCCCGGCAUGAACAUGGACCCCUCGAUGAUGAACAUGUACCAGAUGAACAGUGGCUUCGGUGCGCCAGGCAUGGACAUGAGCAUGAUGAACGGCGGCAUGGGAGGGUUCAGUGGUGGUGUUGGCACCGAAGAGAACUGGAGCGGACCACAAUCAUGGAAUAACGGCCAGAAUAAUUACAAUCAUCC